AUGGAUAAUUUUAAUACUACUACUACUACUACUACUACCACUACUACUACUACAACUACAAUUAGAACCAACACAACUACUACGAAUGCGGCAGUAGCGGUGGCCAACACUACAGAUGCGCCCAAUGCGAUCCUUGUUUCUUCUGCUGUAACUGCUGCUGCUGCUGUUGCCAGUAAUUCCGCGUUUCGCAACGAAUUACGCACAGCGUCGAAUUCGCCAUGCGAUACAGAGGCAAAGGCAGACGACAGUGGCGGCGUGCAGGAUUGCAGGGACGGUAGCGUACUGGCAAGGGAUAGACUAGACUGUUCGAAUAUAAUGGAUAUAGAUAUUACAUUGACUACAGCUAACGGUAGUGAUCCUCCUGCUGCUGUUGUAGCCGGCAGCCAAAACUCGAUCGCUGAGAACUGA